CCUCAUGCUAUUUCUCUAUCUGGCGCAAAGAAAUUGAAAGGUUUGGUUUCAGGUUCUUGUUUUCUUUACGAUGCAAGUCAUGAGUUCUUCUCUGUCUUUGUCUCCAAGCUUCAAUAAGUAUUCUGGAACCGGGUUUUCGGACAUCGCCGGCAAGUUUACCCAUGAUUUUGGAGUUAAAUUACAGCUAACAACCGAGAAGCCUAAUAAGGAACAAGAGGAGGCACCAAGCAAUCAGCCGGAAAUGGAAGAGGAAAUCGAAGAGGAGGAGGAAGACGAAGAGUUUUCAUUUGUUUGUUUAAAUCCCGGAGGGUCCCCGAUUUCUGCCGACGACGUUUUCCAAAACGGUCAGAUCCGUCCGGCUUUUCCGCUCUUUAACCUAGAUCUCCUCUUUGCCGACGAAGAUGGCUCUGUUUUGAAGUCUGAAGACGCUGACGUCUCUCUACGGCCUCCGUUGAGGAAGCUUUUCGUGGAAGAUGCACCGGACACGACGUCAUCGAGCUCGUCGGAACCGGCGGGACCGUACUGCGAGUGGAGGAGAGAUGGAAAAACCGUGGAGGAAACCUCACCGGACAGGUGUAAGAAGAGCAACUCCACAGGGUUUUCCAAGCUUUGGAGGUUCCGAGAUUUGAUGCUUCGAAGUAGUAGCGACGGUAAAGACGCGUUCGUCUUCUUAAACCAUCCUCCUCCUUCGUCGGUAAAAACUGAGAAGAAAAACGAAAAAGAAGAGAAGAACGCGAAGCUGAAAGUAACAGGAGAGAAACCAAAGGUGAAGAAGGAGAAGACUGUUAAAACGACGUCGCUGUCGGCUCACGAAAAGCUUUACGUUAAAAACAGAGCCAUGAGGGAAGGGGAGAAACGGCGAUCGUAUUUGCCGUAUAGACAGGUCGGGUUUUUCACUAACGUCAAUGGCCUAAGCAAAAAUGUUCAUCCAUUUUAGGUAUUUAAUUAAAUUUUUUUAAAAAAAUCCUUUUAUUAGGUCUAAUUUUUAAUUUAAUUAAUUUUUUUUUUUUUGUAAAUCUUGGGAGUAGAGUGAGUGAGUGUUGUUAGGGAUAUGGAAGGUUUAUGACAUUAUAAAUCAAGAUUUCUUUCUUGAUAAUGUUA